AAUCAGAUCAGUCAGAAUUGAGGAAGAGAGGAGGAGAGAGAAAGGGGAUGGCGAUACUUUACGCGCUGGUGGCGCGUGGCUCGGUUGUGCUGGCGGAAUACAGCGCUACUUCCACCACGGCGAACGCGAUCGCGCGUCAAAUUCUCGAAAAAAUCCCCGGUAACAAUGAUACCAACGCAUCCUACUCGCAGGAUCGCUACAUUUUUCACGUCAAACGCACCGAUGGCCUCACCGUCCUUUGUAUGGCCGACGACACUGCCGGAAGGAGAAUUCCUUUUGCAUUUCUGGAAGAAAUUCAUCAGAGAUUUGUGCGAACCUAUGGUCGAGCUGUAUUGUCUGCACAGCCAUAUGCAAUGAAUGAUGAAUUUUCAAGGGUCCUUAGCCAACAAAUCGAGUAUUUCUCAAGUGAUCCUAAUGCUGACAGGAUAAACCGGCUUAAAGGUGAAAUGAGCCAGGUUCGGAAUGUCAUGAUUGAGAACAUCGAUAAAGUUUUGGAUAGAGGUGACCGGCUAGAAUUAUUGGUUGAUAAAACUGCCACUAUGCAAGGGAACACUUUUCGCUUCAGAAAGCAAGCUCGCCGUUUUAGAAACACUGUAUGGUGGAGAAAUGUCAAGCUUACGAUUGCAUUGAUAUUCCUUCUCCUGGUAAUAAUCUAUGUCGUUUUGGCUUUUGUUUGCCACGGACCCACUCUUCCGUCUUGCCUGUAAUGAGAGCAUGCCAGAACUUCCCUCUCCAUCUGCUCUGGAAGACAGUCCUGGUACUACGGUGAGGUAAUUGCUGUAACUUCACGCCCUAACUCUCAGAAUGAUAUUUUUCACUGCUGCUUUCACUUCAAUGAUAAAAUGCCAGCUGGAUCGACUAUGAAACUGACUCUAUGUGCGUUACUGUUGGAUCAUUGGCCACUCAUAGUGGUAUCAAAUAUCCUUCAUAGAGGUGGAAUUUGAUUUUAGACCCCACAAAAACGAGGGAAAUAGGUGCAUUUCUAUACUCUAGCUUUUGGAUUCUUUCCAUUUGAUUGUUACUCUAAAUCUUGAUAAAUAUAAGAAUUUACACUAGAAAUAAAAAACAGUCACAUGCUGUUGAAGCAUUGGUCCAGAUUUGCCUCCUUUAGCAUGUGUUUUCCAGAUUGAGGGGCCCAUCAUGUCUUAACCAAAACAUAACAUCCCAUGCUUUAUAGCAUUGUACAUUUCAUCAUUAGC